AUGUUAUCGCGUGCUCUGCAGAAGGCGAAUAUGGCGGUAAAUAUGGAUAACGACAAAGAAUUCUCUGGUGCGCGGCCUCUGUACGUCGAGGCCUGUGAGUUACUGCAACAAAUUCUCCAGAGGACCACAGCUCAAGGGGACAAGGAGAAGCUAGAAGCUAUCAUGCCCGCGAGCGCAGGCUCCACAACGCCCCAGAUUGCCUUGGCUGCGCAGAGUGCCGAUGAACGGUCAUACCAUCCUCGCCAACCGGGGGAACCUGCAGAGACUCAGUUGUCCCUUAAUGGGAUGUCCUACGAGACACAUCGGGGUCCCGAGCACUCACGAGAGGAUAGCCAGCAUUCGUGGUUGGAUCCUAUAGAUGAGUCUGGUGGCUCGACAGGCUCUUCUGUCCACUCACGCACAUCGUCCUUGGGCUAUCGACGAAGGCAAAUACGUCCUGCAAGUGGCGGCACUGAAGCCGAGUUCGACAAUGCCUUGGAUGAGGCAAUUGAGGCUGCGUACAACGAUGGUUACGAGCCCGCAGCAGUACCUCCUCCUGAGCAACAAGAAGCUCAUGAUGAGGUCGUAGCCAACGCUCUGCGCAAAGUCGAGUUAGCACGUGAGCGCGUACGACAGACUGGGAGGGAGGCGUAUGAAUUGGCCAGCGAGAGGGAGAGGGAGCGCUUUCAGCUCCAGCCGCAAAGACCCGACUAUGCAGAUCGACGUGAUCCCUCUGAAGGCCAAUUUUUCGACGACUCUUCUGACGAGGAAGAGAGGAUCUUGGAUGAAUUCACUCGUGACUACGGCUUGCAUCAGGAACCUCUGAGCCGUCGCCAGCAGCCGGCCAUGUCCUCUAUGCCUCGCGAAUCUGGAUCCAGCGGGUUCACAGCCCGUACAUGGCAGAGUUCCAUAGGCUCUAAUCCUCCUGGCACCGGCGCCACAACACUGUCGACCGUCACAGAAUCGAUCUCGGAAAAGGCGCUGCCCAUUCCACCCACAUCCACAACACCACCGCCGCCCCUGGCGCCGCCACCAACACAAGCAUUGCCUGAAAUACCACAGCAGAGUCUGCAGACGUCCACACAGACUGUGCGCAAUCGUCGCAUGUCUGGCCAGGCGCACAGACAGCUGAAAAUCGAGACGAUGAAGCUAACGCCAUCCCCUCCGCCGCCCGCUUUGGAGCAAAAGUCGCCCUAUCCGGACACCUCUCCGCCGAGUGGACGGGAGUCUUCUCGACCCUUGGAAGGCAAUACACGUCCUCCCGCCAUUCCGCAUCGAACCUCGUCACCUUCAGUUGGGCCCAGUCCACUAGAUACACGGCCGCUCGAUUCGCCUUUUGCACCACGAGCGGCACAAGAUCCAGACGAUGCGGACACAGGACGCUCUACGUCUCCUUCCAUUAGCAAGCUGAAGAAGAACUUUUCCUCAUCCAGCUUGCGAAGUCUGAAAGGUCGAAAUAUGUCUGUAUCGCACCUCGAUGAAUGGUCCGAGAUGUCUCCCGGCACGCCCACCAGCUCUCACUGGACCAAUUCCCAAACACCCAUGAUGCCAAGCAUUCCCCCAGCAGUAGCUGUCAACCUGCAAAAGUUCGAUGCGAGCAUGCCCAUUUUCGAUGACAAUUUCCACUUUCCGGAUGACCCGGGCGCGACCGAUCUGAACGAUCCUGAGGCACCGAUCUCCUUGGAGCCGUGUCCAACUGACUUUUUGCUUCGUCCAUUCUGGCUCAUGCGCGUCCUCUUCCAGACCCUGGUGCAUCCCCGUGGUGGAUAUGUCAGUUCCAAACUAUUCGUGCCCAGGGAGGCCUGGAAGGUAAAAAAUGUUAAGCUCAAGAAUGUGGAAGACAAGAUUGCUAAUUGCGAUCUCCUGACCGCGGCUCUUCUCAAGCUGGCACGCGUUGACACAUGCGACGCAGACGCUAUGCUGGAGGAGAUGCAAGCUAUUGAGAACAUACUGGAGCAGGUACAAGCCUCGCUAGUGCGGAAACUCGGGAAUGAAGUAGGUGUUUCCAACGCCUCGGCCAUGUUCAAGGAGGCCACUGUGCCUCCGGAUGGCGAUAUGGCGAUGUCACGAUCUGCGAGCGUAUCGGAUCAGAUAGCAAGACAAGUCGAAGAUCCCGGUUUGAAGCAUGCCGACAAGACUCAGGUUGGCCUGGAGCUUUACGUUGAGCGGGAGCGCGGAAUCACCGUGAAGGCCCAGACUUGCACCAUGCUGUACAAGCACAAAGGUCAGGACUACCUGAUCCACCUUGUUGACACACCCGGUCACGUCGACUUUCGCGCAGAAGUGACAAGAUCAUACGCCAGUUGCGGAGGCGCACUGCUUCUUGUCGACGCCAGCCAAGGUAUUCAGGCGCAGACAGCGUCCAACUUUCAUCUCGCAUUCGCACAGGAUCUUGCUCUUGUCCCGGUGAUCAACAAGAUUGACAUGCCUUCCGCAGACGUCCCGCGGGUCCUAAAGCAAAUCGAGUCGAAUUUUGAGCUUGAUCCAAGCCAGGCCGUCCUUGUCAGCGCAAAGACCGGAAAGGGGGUGGACAGCAUUCUUCCUGCGGUCGUUGAGAGGAUCCCCCAUCCAGUGGGCGACGAGAAAAAGCCAUUGAAGAUGCUUCUUGUGGACUCUUGGUAUGACAACUUCAAAGGAGUGGUGCUUCUCGUCAGGAUCUUUGAUGGUGUCGUGAAAGCCGGCGAUCAUGUCGUAUCCUUGGGUACGGGUAUGAAGUACGCCGUUGGCCAGGUCGGAAUACAGUAUCCAAAUGCUACUCCGCAAGGUGUGCUGCGCGCCGGACAAGUUGGCUACGUCUUCUUCAAUCCCGGCAUGAAGAAGAUACAGGAUGCGAAACUGGGAGAUACUUUCACCACUGUUCAAGAUCAGCUCACUGUCGAGCCAUACCCUGGCUUUGAAGAGCCACAGCCCAUGGUCUUCGUAGCUGCUUUCCCCACAGACCAAAGUGAUUACACCCGAAUCGCUGACAGCAUUAGCCAGCUCGUUCUCAAUGACCGCAGCGUCACGCUGCAGAAGGCUUUCUCCGAGGCCUUGGGAUCUGGGUGGAGGCUAGGCUUUCUGGGCAGCCUCCACUGCUCAGUCUUCCAGGAUCGCCUCAAGGGCGAGCAUGGUGGCGAUGUUAUUGUCGUCUAUGAUUUACCGGCAUCCCAACUAGUGGACGACUUCUUCGGCAAGCUCAAAGGCGCUACGAAGGGCUAUGCGACGCUAGAAUACGAAGAUUGGUUCACACUUCGCAAGCAGACCGCUUAG